AUGAGAGAUCGAUUGGCCGACUUCCAACAGCGAGUGGUGACGGAUCGCUUCGAGGAAGUCGAACUCGGACCAGCUGAUGGUGUAGCUGUACCGCUAGCUAGCGCCUUAGAUUCACGCAUAAUCUUCUUACGAAAGCUCCUCGAUGAACUUCAAUCAGAGAUCGAGUCCCUACAUCGAAAGCAGCAACACGUACUAUCACUGGCCAUAGCUGAUCCCAAAGAAAAGGUCAGACUGAAUUCUGAAGUUUUCUGGAAUACAGCAAAAGUUUUUCGAUGUUCUGGAUGGACGUUUCAGGAUGUACUUGAAGACCAAAUUGCCAAGAUUCGUCGAAAAACGUUUGAUUUGCGUAAAAUGGUCAAUGAGGUCGACAACGAGUUCAGUGAAUUUGCCAGAGUAUGCCCAUCACAAGGAGAGGUUCGGAUUCGGAAAAACCAGAUCGAUUUGAUCCGAAAGAAGCUACGCGAUGUCAUUAUCCGUUUCAAUGAAACUCAUGCGGACUAUCGAUCAAGAGUCUCUGUUCGAGUCCGACGCCAGCUGCGAGCGGUUGGUGAGAAUAUCACGGAAGAGGAGGCAGAUAAGAUCAUUGACUCCGCAGGUCGCGAUGAGUUAUUCUUUCGUGAGGUCAAUCCACUCUCGGUCUCCGCCAGAGCGGCGUUAACCGACGUCAAGCGACGCCAUAACGAAAUCGUUGAACUUGAGAAGAGCAUUCAAGAAAUGCAGGAGAUAUUUAUCGACUUGCAGAAUCUUACAGAAGUUCAGGGUGACAUCGUGGAUAAUAUAGAGCGCAACGUGGACACUACGAAGGUACACGUGGAGGAGGGAGCACGAAAUGUCAAAGUUGGAUUGGAGUACAAGAAGAGCGCCACGCGAAAGAAGAUUAUGGUGGCAUUGUGUGUUGUGAUACUGAUUCUGCUCCUCAUAGUGGCCGCUAUUAUCCUCGCAGUCGUACUCUCUGGUCACAAAUGA